GCAGACUGGGAGCAAGUUUGGGUGAAGGAGUCAGGGCCAGUGUCCGCUCCGCACCAGGAGGGAGACACCGCACACGGGCUCGAGUCCGUGGGGGGGUUGGCUGAUACCGCCAGCUUAGCGCUUUAUUACCUCAGCAAAACAAGAAAUUCAGCGAGGAAACACUCGAAAAACGUUGUAAGGAAAUAUUAUCUGGACAAGACCUCUCUUCUACUCGCCCUGCGCGGCCCCCUGCCUCCCUCCCGCCCGCCCUCCUUUAAGACCCCAAAAGAACGACCACCCAAAGAAAACCUCACUUGACCAAGCUUUGCUAAGACGCGAUGCACCUUGUUCCUCAGAAAAAAUCGACAACGGUUAUUUUUUCUUAUGACCGCCGUUACUGGACUUCAACCUGUGAAGAUUACGGACACUUUCAAGUGUUGACAUAGUUCGGUUCGGUUCUCGACUGAGAUCAUAAUAAUCUCAUUCCUUGAAAGUAACAUUAACUCGGCUGUUUGUCGGCUAUUUCUUUUGACACUGUCGGUUUCUCAUUUUUCUUGAAUCCUUUAUUAAGCUUCUGCGCAGUUUUUCCCUUAUUUUUUGCUCCUGUGUGUUUUGUAACGACAAUGGUCUGACAGUGGACCGCUACACCGCCAGAUUGCUAAACGGUGACGCGACGUGUAUUCAGGCGUCCAGAAUAACCCGAUUCACCGACGGACGGUUACUAUAAUACUCUUUUUUUUUUUUCAACAAAAGUAUUUGUAUAACCACUGUAAUAGGAAAGUUUCACGACGCUUUGGGCCGAAGCCAGUUCGACCAUUUCCCAGUUUCUCCCAAGGUCAGAGGCUCUGGGCUGCACCCAUGCUUUCCUUGGAUGAGCCACUGGACCUGAAGCUGCCCAGAGGGCACAUUAAUGGGCGGAGCAAAGGCUCCAAGUCACCACACACUCUUACCUCCUCUCGGGUCUAUGCCAAGAGGGUUGGUCAUCUGCCAGUUGCUGAUGAUGGGACAGCAGAUAUUAUUCUAGCCUCCCCUGCCUCCCCGCACAUAGGUGUACCCAUGGCGCCCCAGGAGAAGCCUGAAGUCCACACACCUCUUGCAGUGGACCUCAGUAUGUCCCCGUCCUCUCGUCACACACCCUGCUCCCCUGAGCUGACUAAUGGAAAUGGCUCCUCUCAUUUGUACUCGGGGGACUCUGCUCACAUCCGUUAUGUUGAGGGAGCAGCCCCUUCACAAGCCUUCCAGUUCUUUUUGCCAAUUGGAGGAGGACGAGGGCUCCACCUGCCAUCCUCAAUGUUUAUUGGCCAGCCCAAGGACAAGAGGGCCUCCCCAGAACUUUCAGCAGAUGAACAGCUGUCCUGUCGAUGGAGGAAGUGCCAGUUGCUUUUUGACUCCUUGCAAGAUUUAGUGGACCAUGUAAAUGAUUUUCACGUAAAGCCUGAGAGGGAUUCUGGGUAUUGCUGCCAUUGGGAGGGUUGUGCACGCAAAGGACGGGGCUUCAAUGCAAGGUACAAGAUGUUAAUCCACAUUCGUACACACACCAAUGAGAAGCCACACCGCUGCCCUACCUGCAACAAAAGCUUUUCACGUCUGGAAAACCUCAAGAUCCACAAUCGUUCUCACACAGGUGAGAAGCCCUACAUUUGCCCUUAUGAAGGCUGUAAUAAGCGCUACUCAAACUCCAGUGACCGCUUCAAGCACACUCGUACGCACUACGUGGACAAGCCGUACUACUGCAAGAUGGCUGGCUGUCUGAAGCGUUACACAGACCCAAGCUCUCUGCGAAAGCACAUCAAAGCGCAUGGGCAUUUCGUGGCUUCACAGGAGCAGCAGACAAGCCCAGGAGGGGGAGUCGGAGGACGAGGAGGGGGCGAGGGCUCACCCGUGCUCAAGCCAUCUCGUAUCACAGGGAAAGAGUCUGAGCUGAGUUAUGCCCACAUCAUCCUCCCAAGUGCAGCAGCAGCUCUCCUAGGCACCUCUCUGCCCUUAUCUCCUCUGAGUCCUCGACCCCUGGACCUGAGCAUGCUGGGAAGUCCCAGCUCACCUGUCCUGUCCUUCAAUGGCUUGGCCAAGUCACCAUUGCUGCCCCCUGCCUUCUCAACCUCAGCACUUGGCUUGCCUGUGGUGCCUGUGUUGUGCUCAGAUCGCAGAGGACAAGCAAAGAGCAGUGCUAGAGUGAAUGAGGGUGAGGAGGAGAGCCCUAGAGGGAUCCUCAACCUCUCGACAGGAGCAUCCCAUGACCCUUUGUCCUGGGUGGUCAUACCUUCAGGCUCUUUAAUGUUGAAGCCAGCUGUGGUCAACUGAGAAGGAUCCCCCAAUCAUUCCAGAGGGAAGGAAGGGGGGCAUAGGGCAGCACAGGGACAAAAGGUCAAGGGGCUGAUUUUCCGUUUUUAUAAAUCAACAGCUGUCCACAUUCCUCUGAAGCGAUAUAUCUAACCAUUAAUUUCCAGCAUUGUCAUUUCAGUUUUGUAUCUGUUCAUCACAAAAGACAUGCUUCCACUGAGGUUCCAAAAUGUUUUAGAAAGUAAAGGGUUACAUAACGAUCAUAUUACUAAACAAGUUCCUGUUUCAUGUUUUCACCACACUCAAGAACUGUGACCUUGUAACAAUGUCAGGUUUAGAGUGAACAGUUGCUCCAUGUUCACUCUAAUGCUGCAUCAUUGUCAGGCCACUAAAAGAGUAUAAAAUGCCCAGCUGCAUUUUGUGAUGCACCAUAGUCUGAAUAGCAUGUAGCUAGUUAUAUUUUGAACUUCAACAUACAGGUAAAUUGUGUACUUUUAAACAUGUUCUGGGCGGCACGGUGGUGUAGUGGUUAGCGCUGUCGCCUCACAGCAAGAAGGUCCAGGUUCGAGCCCCAUGGCUGGCGAGGGCCUUUCUGUGCGGAGUUUGCAUGUUCUCCCCGUGUCCGCGUGGGUUUCCUCCGGGUGCUCCGGUUUUCCCUUACAGUCCAAAAACAUGCAGGUUAGGUUAACUGGUGACUCUAAAUUGACCGUAGGUGUGAGUGUGAAUGGUUGUCUGUGUCUAUGUGUCAGCCCUGCGAUGACCUGGCGACUUGUCCAGGGUGUACCCCGCCUUUCGCCCAUAGUCAGCUGGGAUAGGCUCCAGCUUGCCUGCAACCCUGUAGAACAGGAUAAAGCGGCUAGAGAUGAUGAGAGGAGAUGAGAUGAAACAUGUUCUUCAAACAGAAAAAUAUAUUAUUUUUCAACAAAACACUGGUUUCAAAAUUAUUGGUACCCUUACAAUUAAUAUUUUUACACCUGCCCUCUUGAGAAUAACAGCACAGAUGCUCUUACUACCAUAAUUUUUGCUCAUUUUUAUGAAGGGUGCCAAUAAUUCUGGAAGGCACUGCAAAGAUAAAUUUAUUUUGUAAUUUGUUUAUUUAAAAUAGGUUUUUAAAAUCAUGGAUAAAAGGGUCGUUCUGUGAACCUAGCGUCUGGAACAUGUAGUACAGCAAACACACCAGUAUUAGUUUCUGGUCCAUAGAGAAGCAUCUACUCUGGAUUCCUUACAGUCUAAAGACAAAUGCCUUGCUGGUUACGAUGUUACCCAAAAAUGGCUGGUUGAUCAGAUUCUUACACUGACACAUGCACAGAUACAAGGGUUUUGAUCCGUUAGUUAUAAAGAAAAGUGCGUGUGCAGUAUAUAUAUAUAUAUAUAUAUAUAUAUAUAUUUUUUUUUUUUUUUUUAGCUAAAAACUUGCAUCAUUUAUAAUACUAUUUUAUAAGAUUUUCAUAGCCAUCUCAAAUCUGUUUUGGAAUCCAGGAUCCUGGUCAUUGGUCUGGAAUUUUCUACAACACAGGAACUAAUAGUAGGGGUGAAAACAUGCUAUGAGUUCUUGAAAUACUUACUUAAAAUAUUCUUACAGUGGAAGCAUAUCUUAUAUGAACAGAGAUAGGGUGUAAAAGAUAAUAGCAGUGGCCCGAGGACCAUCACAGGUCCUCUUUCUUAGUUUUCUUGCUAAUUUUGUUUUUGUUGUCUGAAAGUACAGACUGUAAUCUUAAGAAACUAUAUCCAUGUUUCAGUAAGCACUCAGUUGUUUCUAUAUAUUUAUAUGUAACAGGCAUCUCUGGACGCCAGUGUGUAUGACACACUAAGUACACCAUCUUCUGUAAUGAUUCUUGACAUCACUCUUUGGGGAACUGUAAAACUCCUUUGAGGGUUUUUCUUAUGAUUAUUCUGAUAAUGCAGGUAAAAAUUACAUCCAUAUAAUUUUUAUUCAGGCAAUGCCACACUGAUUCAGUCAGCUUUGGCAGAGAAGCUUGGGUGGUAUUUUAAUUGUUUUAUUUACUUCAGAGGACAGUAGGUGCAUUUCAUAGGGCUAUUUUAGUCAUAUGGAGAUACUGUUCAUUUACCCACAGACCGACAAACCUCUAGUGAGAGCUGCUACACUGUCUGGCUAACUGCAAGUCUAUUACAUUGAACUGAGACUUCAGGUUGGAUACAUGUACACAUGGCAAUCUGUCUUCUCAGAAAUGGCCAACCAGCACUAUUUACAUAAAGGCAGGUUUGAGUCUGGCUUAAAUUUGAUGGUAACAGACACAAGACUCAGAGCUGAGUUUUAAGGUAGAAAAAGGUGUUGUAUUUUUCUUACCACCUCACUGUAGAUGACUGGCACUAUUGCCACAUGUUGGACAUUCGUUUCAAGGACCUUAAGGACCUCACACACACUAUGCUAGCACAGCACGGCAUAGAUAAAUGUUCUUUAACUGACAGCAAAUGUCAGGAAAACAGCCACACUAUGCAUUACACAAAACACUCACAUGCAGACAAAUACAACUGGUGUGCGGUGCAGGCCUCUGGGUCGAAUGUGAUGUUGACACAAAAUGACUCUUGCAGGCGAAUACACUGUGCCAAACAAAGAAUACUUCAGUACAUGUCAAAUAUAACAUUCAUUUUCUACAAAAGAGUGGCUUUUUGUUUACACAUACUUAUAAUCUACAUUUAAGAGCUCUUUCUUUCAAAAUACCUGAUUAUAUUUCACUACCAGGUAUCGUCACCUGAAAAGAGAUGUCAAAAAGUCUCUUCAGGGUGAGUAUUCCCUUUUAUCACAGAGCUCUUUUGAACAUUCCUCGUAACUGUUAGUUGCCUGCAAAGACUUCCAAGAUAAGUCAUCAGUUUUAAUGAGAAGUGAAUAACUAUUACAUUUGAAAACCCGUAAAUUUUGAAAAUUUGUCUGUCAACUGUAUAAGUCCUAUAAUUCCACAAUGGUUAUGCUACAUUUGAAAACACUAUAUGGUUAUUUUGUUUGUUGUGUUGUUUAGACGAGACAUUUCAUUUGUUGAUGUUGCUUAUCUCUUUGUCUCUGCUAUUGCUGCUUUAUGUUGAGCUUUCUCCUACACAGCAUUGAGGAUAGAGGAAUGAAAAGGAAGGAUGAUGAGCAGGAUGGCCAAAGCAGUUUCUUAAAAAUGAACCAGUUCAUCUCUGAGAAUCACUCCAGGGAGUUUUAGGUCAUGCAAGUUCACUUAAGGCAACAAUAGGCAUCUCUCUGUCUUCUUGUCACUGAUAGGUUGUGUAUAAUGCUUUUUGGAAUACAACUUGUAUACAUCAUAAAAGAAUAGAUUCAAAUUAUGUUUACAGUGGAAAUGUCAUUAACCCACUUUGACAUAGUUUAUUAGAAGAACCUGAAGAAAACACAUGCAAACACUUGAACAUAUAAAACUCCAUACAGAAAGUAACCCGAGCCCAGGAUUGAACCAGGGACCCUGAGUUGUGAGGCGGCAAUACUACUGCCCUACACAGUAUAUUACAAAUCAGAGGAAAAACAAAAAUCCAGUCAGCUCUGGAUAUUUAAGCUCCAGACUGUGUGGCUUUGUGCAGGUUUAUAAAAGUUCAAAGCACUCAGGGCAUUUUCCCAUAUUAUUCUUUACACAUUUUUAAACUUCUUUUCUCCCCUCCACCCUCAUUUGCUCUUCUGUUUGUUUGAGAAAGCUCCUCACGACACCGACCCUUCAGGGUCUACAUCGUUUAAAUAUCAGAUAAGCUGUUUGACCCAUUAACCCUCUGAGCACUAGGGAGAAGUUUGUUCAUGUUGAGUAUGCAUCUGCUAGUAUAAGGAAUCAUUAGCAACUGGAAUGGUUGUGUGUCCUGAUUUAGCACCAACUACAGAAAUCUUUGAUCCAGUAAUUAUCCACCUUUGAAACCUUUCUAGCAAGAGCAGCAAGUGUACGGUACAAAAGCACCAUUCCACUUUGGAAAAUGUGUAAUUUGAAAUAUUUAAAAGACAAACUUUCACUCAAAUUGUUUAAGUGCCAUACUGGUGCCCAAAGGGUUAAUACAAGACUAUGGCCAGGUAAGGCCAGUAUUCAGUUUUCUUUUCUUUUUGCACAUUGAAAUAUUUUAAUAUCAGUAUUUUUAUUUUUUUUUCCAAGUGCCUUUUAUUAUAAGUGUAUAAGUACAAAUACAGAAUAUUAAUAAAUAAUUGUAUAUUUUCUCUCUCCCCUGGCAUCAUGUUCUUAAAAUGAACAUGCAAAAUUGGUACAACGUGUGUGCUCCUGUUUGAGAAAUUUAAAAUUUUUAUUUUGAUUUUGAUGUCAAUGAAAAUGUUUAAUAAAUUUGAAUUUGAUAUAUUAAA